GAUUUAACUCCAUUCAGAAACUUUUUUAUUUUCACAGCAUUUACAUUGACAUGUGAUUCUCUGUAUGAUCAGCACAUUAACAGAGGUGACAUUAGAAGCCAGCUUAUUGGGGGAUUUUCACAGAAUAGUUUUUCAAUAAGUUUGGAACGCAUGUUAGAGAUAUUACUUUUUCCGGAUUUUUCUUUCAAAGGAUUGCAUAUCUGGAAGUAAGAGAGAUGAUUGAUAAAGACUGGCUGUCCUCUAAUUGAUUCAGAUAGCCACAGGUGCUCGCUUUGAUGACACGGACUUUCAGGUUUUGCCAGACUUAUGACCCGCAGUGAACUGAAGGUUCUAAUACUAUGCGUGGGCAUCUUUCCUCUCCUGUUGACUAUAUAUAAUAUUGGAAAAUGUGAUCUUACAGUAGAUAAUGAUAGAAUUUUAAGGGAAGAAGUGUCAUCACACAUCAACAAUGAGUUUGAAGCCUCAGUGGGGUUUCAGCCCAGGGUAGCCCAGGCCUACAAUCACGUGAAGAGGACCAAACCAAUCAAAUAUGAAGAACUUGAGUGUGUCAUCAAUGGAGACUACUCCAUAAUAGGGAGAAAAGAGGGGAAAGAUGUUUACAUGCCAUUUUCUUUCAUCCAGAAAUAUUUUGAAGUGUAUGGCACCCUUGAGACAUCAGAUGGAUACGAAAGGUUUUCAUUCCACCACAGUUACCAGGAUACAUUUCCUACUGGUCCUCAACCAAAGUACCAACCCAGUGGUGUCUUCAUGUCCUUUGAUCAAUACAGUGUGGAAGACAGAAAUAGGGUUAAAUGUGUAUCUGGCAUUGAAGGUGUCCCAAUAUCCACACAGUGGGAGCGCAAAGGACACUAUUAUCCCAUACAGAUAGCCCAAUACGGCUUAAGUCAUUACAGUAAACAUUUGACACAGCCUCGAUCCAAAAUAAUAGUUCUGGAAGAUGGAGAGGAAACUGAUCUCCCUGAUUGGCUGCUUCCAGAUCGUAAAUCCGAAAUCCGCAGCAAGAUGGACGACAGAACUUCAUUUGAUAAUGGAGUGGUGGAAUUUCAAACAGCAACAAACCAGAAAAAUUCUGGAAUCUGUAGAUCCACAAAAGAAAAGAGACUGACGACUUUAUCCAUGGAUAUUAUGUUUAUAAAUAAUGGAAGUGUAACAGUUUUAAUUCAGACAGGAGAUGGAAAUUUGUUCCGUAUUCAUUAUGUGCUUAGUGAUAACAUAAUAAAAUUAGAUGGCAAAGAUCUCUAUUAUGGAAUUGGGUCGCACAAAAAAGGAAAAUGGAUUCACUUAACGAGACAAGUAAUGGUAGAUUUUCAAAAAGGAUUAACAUUACGAUUUUCAAAAAAUCGAAGUAACAAAGUAAAAAGUUCAGCCCACAUUGCAGCUAUAUGUGUUCGUGGUCAUGGUAUAAUGGACAAUGUGACCCUUCGCAGUCAUGCUCAUAAGGAUUUGUUUUUUGAUGCUGCAAAUUAUUUUGUAUGGCAUCAAGAUUCCAAGGGUGGGUGGCCAGUGAAAGUGACACGUAAACUAAUUCCAGAAGUCAUGGAACUGGAGCCAGGAUGGUAUUCUGCCAUGGGUCAAGGACAGGCAAUUUCUCUUCUUGUACGUGCAUAUGUAGCCUCUAAAGAUAGGACUUACUUAGAGGCAGCGGGUAGAGCAAUUGAUAUUUUUGACAUUCCAAGCUCCGAGGGUGGAGUUUUAGCAAAGUUCCUCAACACAUAUGACUGGUAUGAAGAAUACCCAACUACACCCAGUAGUUUUGUGCUCAAUGGAUUUAUUUACUCUUUACUUGGUCUAUAUGACCUUAAAGAAAUGGCAACAGGUAGCAUUAGAGAAAAAGCAGCUGAGCUGUUUGAAAAAGGGAUGAGGACGUUGAAAGCGAUGCUGCUUGUGUUUGAUUCUGGAACAGGGACGUUUUAUGACCUUCGACAUAUUACAUCAGGGCUUUCACCAAAUCGUGCUCGAUGGGACUAUCAUAAGGUUCAUAUCAAACAACUUUAUAUACUUGUUGAAUUAGACAAUGAUCCACUCUUUUAUAAUACUCUUGAAAGAUGGAAAGGGUACAUGAAAGGGAAGGCUGCACCUCACAAUUAGUUUUGGGAAUAUUUGCACGCUUCUUGAGUUGUGGCAAGGUUAAUCCGUAUUGUUUUGUACCUCGGAGUUUUUCAGUAAGAGAACCAAAGGUGAAUGCAAUGUGCUAUUUAGAGCAAUUACCAUUGUUUUGAUUUUUAGAUUAUAAGAAUUUUUCAUUUCUGAAGUGCACUGCCUUUCUUGUAUUUUCAUCCUUACGAGUGCUAAUCAAAACAAGUGCUAUUCUGUUCAAUUUUCUUUGAUAUGAAUAAGAUUUUGUCUAUAUCUAUAUGCCGAAUUUGGUUUCUGUUCAUGUAUUUUUUCAUUAU